AUGGACCAGGACGACCUGACCCCGCCGCCCAGCGGCUAUCGGUCGCCCACGACCGGGCGCACGCUGCCCGACUACUCGUACUACGCCAGCAGGAUGGAGCUCAUCAGCUGGGUGAACAGCCUGCUGGACCUGUCCCUCACGCGGUUGGAUGAGUUCGCCAACGGGGCGGUCUACUGCCAGAUGCUGGAUGCGUAUUUCUCGGACACGGUGCCCAUGCACAAGGUGAAUUUCUUCGCGCACGAGGAGUACGAGUACAUGUCCAACUACAAGCAGCUGCAGACCGGGCUCACCGUGCUGGGGAUGACAAGGGAGCUGGACAUCCACAAGUUGAUGCGCGGCGCCCCGACAGACACCCUGGAGUUCCUGCAAUGGCUCUACAAGUACCUCAGGAAAAAGCGCCUGGAUGACACAUAUGACCCGCGUGCCAGGAGAGCAAACACCAUCAAGGGAGGCACGGACCGGCUGCCGCCACCCUUCUGGGACAACCAACGCUUUGACGUCUAUGGGAAAGACAGCUUGAAGACGAACUAUGAGGGAUUGAACUACUCAGAUCCAGCACCGAUGAGGAAGUCGCGAACCAGCUCUGGCCGGCCACAUCGGCAGCAAAGGCAAGAUGUCCAUCGUGUGGAUUCUGGUGACCAGUCCUCUGAGGCCAGGGAACAGAUGGAGGACAGCCUUGAGGAGGUAGAGGAGGCAAUAGGAGAGCCAGUGGCAGAGAGCCCGCCUAUGAGUGAGGAGGCCCUUGUGAGCGAGGCUUCUGGUGAGAAGAGGGCGCCUUCACCUGUGGGCUACUCCGUUGACAUCCGUGCCGUGAGCAGUGAAGCUAAGGUGGAGGACAUCCCUGCUCCAGUCCCACUUAGCUAUCAAGUGCCAUCAGAGGUGUCGGCUGGGGGUGUGGUGGCCAUCACCGAAGCCCUUGCCGCCCUCCAGGCUGUGCUGCCAAAGUUCAAAAGUCUGCUGACCGACCUUGGGCAGGAGAGCGACAGCUACGCUUAUCGUGGAAAGGUGCGCAGUAUGCGAGACGUGUUCAACACCCUUACGUGCCACUGUGCGCUGUUGCUGGGCGACCUGGAGGGCCUGCACAAAAUCCAACCCAUCGACCCUGAGGCCCUUGCCCGGUUGUCUGCUGCUGGCGAUGAGAUGUCGAAGGUGGAUGGCAAGUUUCAGGAGGCAGUAGCAGAACUGAAGCAGGCAGAAGAGGCGCACCCAGUGCCGCAAAGGAACACAAUCUCGAUAACUGAUAGGCAGAAGGCCUUGAGCGACACCAGAGGGCUGGAUGGGGCGAUGAGGAAGGUGGGGGCGGCACAGGCCGCCCUGGCACAGGCGCUGCUGAAAGGCGCUGUGGAGGGGUCCCGGGCGAUUCUUGAUGCCGUCCCGCCAGAGAAGCCUAAGAAUGGGAAGAACGGCAAGGACGAUGAGCCAAAGAAAGAGUCCCUCUCAAGGACAAUCCGUAUUGGUGAUUUCCAGAUGCGAAGGUUGAAGAAUGGGGACAUAUACAAGGGCCGAUAUGUUCGUUCCAAGAAGAAUGGAGAAGGGGUGUACCAGUUCAUGAAUGGUGACGUGUAUGAAGGCGACUUCAAAGAUGACAGAAUGGGUGGCUACGGCCUGUACACCUUUUCCCAUGAGGGCCGCUAUGAGGGUCAGUGGGAGAGGGCUGUCUAUGAGGGUGUGGGCACGGAAACCUUUGCAAGGGGUUCCACCUACCAUGGGGAGUACAGUGGUGGCAUGCGCAGUGGCUGGGGUGUGUGCCGGUACUACAACGGGGAUUACUAUGAGGGCAAGUGGAAGCAAGGUUUGAGGGAUGGGCAGGGAAUGCAGCAGUGCACUGAUGACAGCAACUAUGUGGGAGACUACCAGGGGGGAAAGAGGCAUGGCUUUGGUGUUUACAGCUUCCCCAACGGGGACAGGUACCUGGGGGAGUAUGAGAAGGACAUCCCCCACGGAGAUGGUGUUUACCUGUUUGCUAGUGGGCAGAAAUAUGAGGGUCAGUGGCGCAGCGGCAAAAAGCAUGGGUGGUGCAUCUACACCAUCGAGACUGGUGAACAGUGGGCUGGUGAGUGGGUUGAAGGUAAGCCUCAGUGGGUGCAGGGGCUUGUCGAUGGUGAGGUGAUGGACAGCAGGUGGACGUCUGAGAUCUGUGGCAAAGUGCGAAUGGCAUGGGACGCCUGCCACCGCGCUCAGGAGGCGGCCAGGCAGGGUGGGGAUCGUGCAGAUGAGCACUGGAUGGCAGAUGGUGCAACACAGAAAGCCAUCCAAGAUGUGUUGCAGCGCGCGAGCUCAGCGGCUGCUGCUGCCCAGGAUGCCCGGAAGAAAGCAACAGAUGUGGCAUCGAAGCUGGACACUCUGGCACGGAACCAGGAGAACAGCGUCACCACACUGUAA